AUGAAUGCCAAUCCCACGAAAGUAGAUGAAGAUUUCGAUCAAAGAAUCUCAAUUGAUAGUCGCAUCUUUUUUGCCGGCACAGAUAAAGCUCGUGUAAUAUCAGAAAUCCUUGAAAAACGCGGCUGGUCUAGAACAAAAGAUCGCAAUGUAACGAACUUUACUAUCAAAUGGUGUUUGGCGAAUCAGGUCGAUUGGACGAAAUUUCAGGAGGGAAAACAAUUGAUCAAUAACAUACCUGGACAAUUAGCUUUUUCGGAUAAGAUCAAUCUUUGGUAUACAGUGCGGGAUUACUUACAAAAACGAUAUACACAAAAUGGCAAACAUAUGCAAACUUUUCUUGCAAUGACAUUUGUUCUAGAUGACGAAAACGAAGUAGCUGAAUUCCUACGUGUUUAUAAAAAACAAAACCGAACAUGGAUAUAUAAACCUCGCUAUAACUAUGCCGGUCGAGGAAUUACCGUUCUACCUGUCCAUAGCGAUCUAAGUACAAUAUUCAAAUUGAAAGUCGGGGGAAAUACACGCUGUCCUUAUGAAUCUAGACUACCUGGGUAUCUAAUGCAACAAUACAUUUCUCGACCAUUACUGAUAAAAGGUCGAAAAUUUGAUAUACGUGUACAUUGGCUGGUCGCAUGGACAAAACCUUUACUAGUUUUCUACAAUCAUAAUGCGUCUGUGGUUCGUCUAUCGUUGAAUCUUUAUCGAGAAUUCGACUGUGAUCGUACUACACACUUAACGAAUCUGUCAGUACAAGAAAGUCAUUCUCGGUAUGCGUUUUUACAAGAGUCAACGGGAAUGACGAUAAAUCAACUAAAUCAAUACUUUAAUCAAUGUUUUCGACCAUUUCAUCCAAAACUAUGCCAAGAUUGGGUGAUGACUGUGAUGCAAGAACGCAUGCAAACCAUUAUUCGUCAUGUGAUACGUGCAAGCAAAGAUCAAUUAGCUCGAGAAGCUGGUCAAUUCGGGUUUUUCGGGUGCGACUUCUUGCUAGACGAGAAUUUUCGCAUAUGGCUUUUAGAAAUCAACGAUAAUCCCGGUGUUGGAUGGGGCAAUUCAUUAGUGAACACAACAACGAAACCAUUGAUAGAAGAAACAUUAAACAUUGUUUGUGAAUGCUUGGAGAAACAUAAAAACAAGCAAGCAUUAUUACCGAUCAAUUGUUUGAAAAACUAUGAAUUGAUUUAUAAUGAGCAUGAUGAUGUGACUCGCUUGCUGAUGGAUGAUAAUCAAAUCUUUACAGAUCAGUAUUCAAUUCGAUAUGCAAUAAAAGAGACAACACCACGGAAAACACCUCGUCGUGCCGUACCGCACAUACACACCAGUCGAACUUCGAUAUACCGAAAUGAUUCAACUCAUAACAGUAUGAACGAUCUGAUCCUCCCAUCUGUGAAUAUGGAAAACAGAAGUCCAUCAAUUCUAGCUUUGAACCAUCAUGCCUCGUCAGUUAUAAACAUCCUUAGCGUGACAAACGAAUCAUUAGGCCAUGGUGACACACCGGAUAACGGAAGCUCAAAAAAGUCAAAAAAGGCUCUGAAAGCUUUUCAAACAAAAUCUCCGUUGUUGCUAACGCCUCCGAACGGAUCAACCAUCCGAGCGAACAAAACAAGUAUUAAACAGACUCUUUCCAAAGCGAAUACAUCUGAUACCGAACGAAAGAAACAUAGUGAAUCACUACCAACAAUUGUAGAUAAGAAACAAUCGAUGUAUCGAAGCGAAACAUUUGUGGACGCGAGUAGCACUAGUCGAAAUGAGAAAAAACUGUCAAAACACAAAACGAUGAUAAAGGAUGAACAGGAGAAUCCAUUAGCAAAUGUUAAUCCAGGUAAACUUUGCACUUUAAACUAA